AUGCGGCUGCCUCAUCGAUCCAUCAGCAGUAUCCAGCCACUUCCUUCCAUAUACACAACCUUUCCCACGAACUACGAGAGCAGUCAAUCUACCCUCACUUCGGGCAUCAACUCAGGGACAUGUUUAAUCUCACGUAUCGAGGAUGGCAUCGAAGUCGUUCCUUUGGAGAGAAGUCAUGUCCUCUCAGCCCCAAUACUGAGUCCGGAUCAAGAAGAGAAAGAGGUUUUCGUGUCAACUUCUGCGGAGAUUGCUGUUCUUGAAAAGCCUCUACCCAAUCUUCCCGCGUGUAUAUGGAAUCGCAUGUCUCUCAGACAGCGUAUAUUGGCAUUUCUAACUCUGCAAUUCAUAUUGCUGGUCACGAUCGGGUGCAGUCUCUUGGCUGUCAAGCGUCGAUCUUUACACAGUGAUCAGGCUUCUACGGCAUACGUUGGCAGUGAUAUACCCCCUGACUCAAGCGCCAUUAGCGAAAUUCGACGUGGUAUAUUCGCGCUCCCCAUUCAGGUUCCGCAAAAGCAAAGCUCUGCUUGUUUGGCACGCAUGAACGAAUCAAUAGCAUGGACAUGUGCAUCCAACGCAACACUGCAACUGAGUGUGCUCCCUGCGCCAGUAGGUGACGACAAUGCGACAAUGGUUGCGAUGACAUCGCCGCCCAAUAUCAAUGCUAUCUACUUUGGUGAACAAAUGCCCGACAUACCGCCUGUUGAGAUUCUAGAACUUGAGAGUACCACCAGCGAGAAUGGUUUCGCUUAUUACUUUCGCACUACGUAUGAUAGAGUCGUGUUGCUUAGAGAAGACGAGUUCACUCAAGUCGAGAAGGGACAAGCACGGUCGGAUCCACAGCAUACCAGCUUCUUACCUGGGAAAAGCCUUUGGCAGUGUACCUUCAAAGAGACAACAAUCAAAGGCUAUAUUUACGUUAAAAAGCCCACGAAAACUGAUGCCUCAAACACUGAAUCGAACCCGGCUAAUGCGACGAUUAUGACCCGGCUACCACUGAUUCCCUAUUUAUUGAAGCUAGUUGAGGAACGCCUUCCGAACGGAAAGACACCUUUUUGUGAGAAGAUGUUGGUUCAGCGCGACGAUACUCUGUCUUCGCAGUCACAAAUUAUAAACCUGAGUCUGAGCGAUCCCCAAGCUGAGGCUGCAGCAUACACACCACCACCCAAGACACGGAUGAACUAUCGAAAAAGGGAUCAGGACGCUACUUCUAGUCAUUGUCAGUGCCAGUGGCUUAUCCAAUGA